CUCACUGAAAGAAGGAAGGACUGAUACAAAGCCAGUGCGACCGAGCAGAAGAAAAAGAGGGGAAGGAGGGAGGGAGUGCAGAGGGAAUAAACGCAAAAAAGACCGGCCGUGAAAAAAGGGUGUAAAAGAUGCACAAGAGCUGCAUCAGUUCUUGUCUGCAAGGAACAAAAAACAUUGUGUUCGUGAAUGGGAGCGGGUGAGCUCAAGCACAAGGCGAGUGCAAUGAGAAACCAGGCAGACUUCAGUCGCUGGUCUUGCUGAGCACCAAUCCCUCUCUCCCUCUGUCUCUCUCUGUCACUCUCUGCCAGCUAUAGGACUCAGCCUUGUGUGCGACGUGGAGACGCCUCUGGUUGCUGCUUUCAGGGCUGCUCCCCUCCCUGCUGUCUCCGGCUGUGUUUGGGCUAUGGUCCUGACUGAGAGGCAGAGCAUCACCCAGAUGCGGGGCAACGACUGUAUGGGAGGUUAAGCCUGUAAACACCAGCAUGGGAGCCAAACAGAUGAAAUGUCUCAGCUCAGCCAGCCCCGCUCACUCCCCCAAAGAGGAGUAUGUUAUCACCCAGUCCGCUGACACCCCUAAAGAAGAAACACUCCAUGAUCAGUCUGAGGACCAGGGGGAACUUCGGGAUGACAAAUCCGAGCUGACAGAGAAGAAAUCUGUCACAGAGGAUGUGUCUCUGUGUGGAUUGUGUCCCUCCCUUGGGCAUGAUGUGCAGGAGGAAGAGAAGUCUUGGGAGGAACAGCUGGACGCCCACCAGGAGCAGCUGGAGAAGGAGAUGCAGGAGGCCAGGAGGAUGGUGUUCCGCCUACAGGCAUUGCUGCUUCACGGCUCCCUCCCCGAGGAGGACCAAGAUGGAUCUGUGAGCUUUGGAGAUAACCGGGCUAACGCUGAACAGCAGCUGGUUCUAAUCCGCAGUCGUCUGGACCAAAGCAUGGAGGAAGCCCUUGAUCUCAAGAGGGAACUUCUGAGAAACAAACAGGAGGCACGCCACCUUCAGGCCAUCAAGGAUGCUCUGCAGCAGCGUCUGGCAGUGCAGGAGGAUGCUGUGCUGCAGCUAAAGCAGGAACUACUGAGGUGCAACAUGGCCAAAGAUCAGCUGGAAGGGGAAAAUGUGGAGCUCAAACUAAAGUUGAGUGAACGGAACAAAUUACUCAGUGAAUAUGAGCAGCAGCUCGGGAGGAAGGACAGAAUACUGCAGCAACAGCAGCAAAAGCUUGAUGAAGCUCAACAUAAAGCACAUGAAGUUGGCCUCGGACGGUCAUUCAGGAGUGAAAGUGGAGGUUACAGUAACUCAGUGGUGUCGACAUCUCCUGCAGUAUUCCAACACAGUGCACCAGGGGAAGAGCUGCAGCUGGUGAGGGAGGCACUGCGUAGUCUGAGGGACAGCUUUUCUGGCCAUGACCCCCAACAUCACACUCUGGACACCUUGGAGCAGGGCGUGUCCAGCCUCAUGGACCGAUUGCACACUUUGGACAGUCAGCGCAGACAGGACAGAGGGGAGGAAUUUAAAUCACCAGGACGCAGAGCCAACUCGACAGACCGUGACUCCUGGCCGCAGAGCUCAAAAAUGGCGCACUCACACAGCAGCCCGGGCCUGGACACUGCCGUCUCCACUAAAGUGCUCUACUUCACUGAUCGCUCACUCACUCCAUUUCUGAUUAACAUCCCAAAAAGGCUGGGUGAGGUGACACUGCGAGACUUCAAGGCCGCCGUAGACAGACAAGGCAGUUUCAGAUACCACUUUAAGGCCCUUGACCCAGAGUUUGGCACAGUGAAAGAGGAGGUAUUCCAGGAUGGAGCAGUCGUGCCUGGCUGGGAGGGGAAGAUUGUAGCGUGGGUGGAAGAGGAUCACGGAGAGAGGAGGUAGAACCCAAAAACCACAGAUCACCACUACAAACCUCAGUUGUUCCCACUGGACCAGGAUUCUGAAAAGACUUGUGAUGCCAAAAGGUGAAACACCCCAGGUGAAAACAUACUUUUUCAUGCAGUGGUCAAUUUUGAGAUUUUGGGAUACCUUGUCUUUGCAACUAAUGGAAAGAAAAUACCAAAAUACACAUUGAGUUGGUUAUUUAAGUUCAGACUUAUGUUCUGAAAUUUUAUGUAAAAGCACAUAUUUAAUUAGACAAUGCCUCAUUUGCAUAAUUACACAUACAUUUCCAAAAAAUCUAAUCCAACAUUACAAUAAUUGUCUUAACAUAAGUAAUCAACUGGGGAAGUUUCAUGGUAAUAUACAUUAGUUACAUUUUUAAAUUUUUACCCCACUGUCUUAUUUUUGGUCAAAUGUAUGGAAUUGUACUUAUCUUUAAAAGCCAUAUUCUCAAAGGGAGUUUUUUUUCUCAUACUCUAAGCCAAAAAUCUCAACUUCAGUAACACUGACAUACACCAAACUUUCUAAUGUCAUUCCUAUCUAUAUUAUUAACGUUUUUACAGCGAGGGUUGUUCAUAAAGCAUUUAUUGCCUGGUUUAUGUAACAUUUUAUUCCUAAAAAUAUGGCAAAAAAACGAUUUUUUUAAUGGCUGAUGAGUAUUGAUAGUAUUUUCAAAAUUUUUGAAGGGAUCAACAUAUAUAUAUAUAACCGAAACUGUGGCUGAAAAAACUUUGACUCUAACAUGACAACAACAAAGAAAGUCAAAAAUUUUGGGCCUGGCUUUAUCUAAUGUUCAGAUAUCUGUUUUGGAAAUGUAUGCAUAUAAGUGAAUAUUUAAAGAUAAUGCAUUAUUUGCAUAUUUAAACAUAAUAAUUCAGAAAACUUGUAACACACCCACACACAAAAAAAUGUCUUACUACAAGUUAUCAUCUAGAGAAGUUUUAUGGUGAUAUUUACUAGUCACAUUUUUGCAGUAUUCACCUGGGGUGUUUCCCUAUAAUAGAGAUAUGCUGUAAUACAAUUAACUGGGACCAAUGGAUCUAACACCAUUUCGAUACAAAACCAUGUUUUAAAAGUGAAUGUUUAAUAUGAAGAAUUUGACUUGACAUUUUGGUACCACUUUUCUUUUGAAGGGAUGGAUAUUGGACAUUGUUUGCGGGUCAUAGUAAUAUAUAACACUACCCAAAAAUGGUCAGUAAUAGGAUACUUGAAACUUAAAUAUGAAAGAACGUUGUUGGAUUAACAAUGAAUGACAUUAGCUAUGCUCUAAAAAGCUGUAACCAGUGCAUAAUAUGCAAACCUUAAAAUAAAAGUGUUUACUGACAUUUUUCACACGUUCCAGAUUGCCAAAUAGUGAUGUUGUUGUUCUGCAUCAAUUUUAACGUUUUAAUAAAAUUAAUUAUUGCAUGGAU